GCUCCUCGGUCGGGGCAGCCCCAGCCCUGGGCACCGUGAUGUGAGGCUGCGGCGUCCGGUCACACAAAGCUUCCCUUCUGCAGGCGACGACAACCUGUGCAAUGUGCCCCACGCCACGCCCUGCUCCCCGGCCAAGCGCUGCAAGGAGAACCGCGGCUGCCGAGUGCUCUUCGGGGACCCCACGGCCUCCCCAGGAAAGCAGAACGCCCCAGGGCCGUCCGUGCUGCAGCGCGGGCAGGAGACGCCGCAGGGCUCGGGGCGCAGCGCAGGGCCCACCCGCAGCCGCCUCUUCAGGCAGGAAGGCACGUGCUACCAGCAGGCGAAGCGUGUGCUGCACGCGGCGGUGCCCGAGCGCCUGCACGGCCGGGAGCAGGAGGCAGCUGCCAUCCGGCAGUUCCUGCGGGAGCACGUGGCUGCACGCCGCCCCGGCAGCCUCUACAUUGCAGGAGCACCCGGCACUGGGAAAACAGCGUGUGUGAGCUGCGUGCUGCGUGACUGCAAGGAUGAGCUGGCGGGCAGUCGCAGCGCGGUGCUGAACUGCAUGGCGCUGAGCAGCGCCCACGCCGUGUUCCCUGCGGUGGCGGAGCAGCUGGGGCUGCCCACGGCCGGGGCAGGCGGCAGGGAGCUGGCACGGCGGCUGGA